AUGGCCAAGAAGAGAAAAGUGGGCGGCGGCGCAUCUGGCGCAUUCAAGGCGCCAAAAGAAGAGGAUUCCCGAAUGAGGAUCAACACCUUUGAAGAUGUCGCCGAUUCUGAGGAUGAGUUUCACAUGAACCGCGACAAGGUGCUGCUGGACGAGGGACCUGCCGCCAAGAAGAUGCGGAGGUACCAGGAAGAAGAUAAAUUUCUUCAGCCCUCAGAUGAAGAGAUUCUCGAUGCUGGAAGCGACGAUGAUGACGAAGACAAUUUCGACGACGACGUUAGCGAUGGCUCAGACGAUGAAACUUCUGGAAAGCGCAAGCAAACCGACGAGGAAGACCAAGACGAAGAACUCGGGGCAUGGGGCGCCUCAAAAAAGGACUACUACGAUGCUGACGCCAUUGAGACUGAGCAAGACGCCUUAGACGAAGAGGCAGAGGCCAGACGCAUACAAAAGAAGCAGCUGCAGAGCAUGACCGAAGCUGACUUUGGCUUUGACCAAGACGAAUGGCUUGGAGAGGAUGGUGAGGAAAACGCUGAAGGUGCCGCAGUGGUUACCGAGGUUUUGCCUCAGCUUCAAAUCACAGAUUUCAUGCCACAGGAGGAAAAGAUGAAAAUUAUGCGGACACGAUACCCGGAGUUUGAGCACAUUUCUAAGGAGUACUUGCGACUACAACCCCUGCACGAGGAAUUGGCCGCUGCCGCUAAUGCCGCUGAGAGAGUGCUUAAGGCGCAGGCGGCAAAGAAUAACAGAUUGGUUCCUACACCCACAGUCAUAACAAAGUACCGGGCAUGCGCAGCUUACCUCGCUGCAAUGGCUAUGUACUUUGCUGUUCUUGGUUCCACCGCUACAGAUGACGCAACUCCAGCCAUCGCAUUGGACCCUGUCGAGCUACAUGAGCAUCCAGUAAUGGAGAGCUUGCUCAAGUGCCAGAAGAUGUGGACAAGAGUAGAGAGCCUGCCAAUCGCCGAUCCCAUGGUCGAGACCGAAGGCGGUGACGACGCUUCUGAGGAUGAGACAAGCUUUGCAGAGAGUGACACCACCGAUCUGGCUGUCAAGAAACCCACAAAGCAGAAGAAGACCAAGGCGCAAAGAGCGGCAGAGGUUGCGCAGGCAGAAGCAGCAGCACGACGUGCUGCGAAAUUGGCUAAGGCUGAGCAAGAUCUUGCGUCGCUCGAUAUGCUUGCAGACAAAGCUGCUCUCAAGAAAGCAGCGCGGAAGAAGAAGACCGCACAGCCCAAGCUCAACCUCCUCAACGCCGACGACUCAGACUUCGGCGAAGAGACAGCCCUCACUGCCCACGAAGCCGCCGAAAAGGCGAAGAAAAAGCGCUCCCUCCGCUUCUACACCUCUCAAAUCGCCCAAAAAGCCAACAAGCGCGAUGCUGCAGGCAAGGACUAUGGCGGCGAUGCCGACGUCCCCCACCGCGAGCGUCUCAAGGACCGGCAAGCUCGUCUGCAAGCCGAAGCUGAGAAGCGCGGUCAACACAAGGAUGCCGGUCCAGGCGUGGCACUUGGUGACGACGAUGGUGCAUCUUCUGCGGAUGAAGCUCCCGGUACACGCCGCGACGACUACGAAGACGAAGACGGCUACUACGACAUGGUGGCCGCUCGCUCCAACGACAAAAAGCAAGCGAAACUCGAGCGUGCAGAAGCGUAUGCUCUUGCCAAACAACAAGGUGCUCAAGUUAUUGAAGAAGAGAUUAUCGGGGAUGAUGGACGGCGUCAGAUUUCUUAUCAAAUUCAGAAGAAUAAGGGAUUAACACCACAUCGCAAGAAGAGCGUACGCAAUCCGCGUGUGAAGAAGAAGGAAAAGUACAAGGAGAAGCAGAAGAAGCUCAAGAGUAUGAAGCAGGUGUUUGAUAAGAGUGCUGCGGCCAAGGGAAGCGCGAGUUAUGGGGGUGAGCUUACGGGUAUUAAGAGCGGGUUGGUUAGGAGUCGGAAGUUGUAG